AUGCUAUCGCGCAUAGCUUUGCGUUCAGUUGCCGGUCGACAAUCCGCUACCACUGCGCUGGUAGCGCGUGGCUCUGCCACUGACGCCGUUGGAGAACGCGACGAGAAGAACUUCCCGCGUCCAGUACGUGGUGAGCCCGGCAAAGUCAGACUCGGUUUCGUUCCAGAAGAAUGGUUUCAAUUUUUCCACUCAAAAACUGGAGUAACCGGCCCAUACACAUUUGGUGUUGGUCUUGCUACAUAUCUGUGCAGCAAAGAGAUCUACGUCAUGGAACAUGAAUACUACACUGGUCUCUCCAUUUUUGUUAUGGUCUACUACGCUACUACCAGAUUUGGACCCAAGAUUGCUCAAUGGCUGGACAAGGAAGUUGAUGCUGUCGAGAAUAACUGGAAUGAAGGCCGUGUCGAGAACGUCAAGUUCUUAGAACAGUCGAUUGAAGAAGAGAAGGCUGCUCAGUGGCGUGCUCAGGGACAGGAACUUCUUAUUGAGGCCAAAAAGGAGAAUGUGCUUCUGCAACUUGAAGCUGCUUACAGAGAGCGUCUGAUGAGUGCUUACACUGAGGUUAAGCGCCGCCUUGACUACCAAUUGGAGAAAUCCAACAUGGAACGUCGUAUCGCUCAGAAGCACAUGGUCGAAUGGAUAGUAGCCAAUGUGAUGAAGGCUAUCACUCCGGACCAAGAGAAGCAAACAUUGGACCGGUGCAUCGCAGACCUCUCCGCCCUAGCCGCCAAGAAGUGA